UCGUUCCAUAUCUACCACUUUACCACCGAUUCUCAAUCGUAAAAUUUUAGUCGAGCUGCCCGGUUGGGAGCGGACGAUUUGGAUGCUAUUCGAACGCGAACGGGCUUGUUGUUUUUGCUGCUGUUAUUGGUUGUUGUUGUUUUUGGUGGUUUAGUGAAGCGGUUGGGGCCCCCACCACACAAACACACGAACACCUCCACAAAAAAUACAAAAACACCUACACACACUCGCGCGAUACACACACACGGUUGUGAUUUGGCGGGCACUUGUAUGCGUGUGUGUACAUACAACAAAAAAGUAAACGAAAUUCGGAGUGGAGAGAAAGAGAAACAGAAAACAGCAAACAAAAUAGUCGGAAAACCGAAAAACCAAAACAUAGUGCACAUUAAUUGAAAAAAAAAAAAGUGAAAAACGUUUUCUGAUUUCAAAGAUUUCAAGAUUUUAUUUGUAUCCGUGUGUGUGAGUGUGUGCGUGCAGCAACAAACACCAUCACACACAUACAUACAAGAGAAGGCGAAGAAGAAGAAGAAGCAAAGCAGAGAGAAGUUGAAAAAAUGUGCGGCAGUCCAAAGCAGAUGAUGUAAACUUUGUUGUAACCAAAAAAAAAAAUACAAAAAAAAAGAGAAACAGAACUGGAAUUUUGAUUUGAAAAAAAAAAAAAAUUGAAAAGAAAAGUUUUUGGAAAAUCCCGCCCCAAAAAUGAUGCCCGAAACCGAACCGGAGAGCUGCAACAAGGAGUGGCUGCAAUCGCAGCUGAGAUCCUUGGAGGCCAAGGAGCUAAUCCUGUUGGAUUGCCGCGGCUCCCAGGAGUACAGUGAGUCCCAUAUCCGUGGCGCCGUCAAUCUGUGCAUCCCGAGCAUUGUGCUCCGGCGUUUGGCGGCCGGAAAAAUCGAUCUGGCAUCGACGAUCAAGUCGCCGGAGCUGAAGGAUCGCAUCCAGACGGGCUACAAGCUCUGCCUCUUCAUCCUCUACAAUGGCGAGGGCGUGGCCCCGGGUCAGGGGCAGGGUCAGGACGUGGCAGGAGCCGGAGCAUUCGCCGUGGCCAUGGACUCCAUCAUCAGUAUCUUGCAUCGCCGCCUCAAGCAGGACGGAUGUCGCGUUGUGGCACUGCAAGGUGAGUCCAUCCCCUCCCCCUCCCCAGGAAUGUCAACUAUUUGUGUAGUUUCCAAUGGCUUCUUCAGUUUUCGCCAAGCAUUUCCGGAGUGGUGCGAGGAUGAUAAUCAGGCGCACAACAAAGAAAUGGAAUCUAGUCGCAAAGUAAAGACCGAUCAGUUAAUGGGUCUUAGAUCCCUACGCAUUUCCACACCGCAUUCCGAUUCCGCGUGCAGCAGUUCGGCCGAGUCAUCGGACUGCGAGAGCACCUCCCACCAUCACCACCACCACCACCAUCAUCAUAACUUCAACGAGGCGCCCGUGGAGAUAAUCCCGGGACUACUCUUCCUGGGAAAUGCAUCGCACAGCUGCGAUUCGAAUGCAUUGCAAAAGUACAAUAUUAAGUAUGUGCUGAAUGUCACACCGGACUUGCCGAACGAGUUUGAGAAGUCGGGCAUCAUCAAGUAUCUGCAGAUUCCAAUUACCGAUCAUUAUUCCCAAGAUUUGGCCGUUCACUUCCCAGAUGCCAUACAGUUUAUAGAGGAAGCGCGCUCGGCGAACUCGGCGGUGCUGGUCCACUGCCUGGCCGGGGUGUCGCGCUCGGUGACCGUGACGCUGGCCUACUUGAUGCACACCCGUGGCCUCAGUCUCAACGACGCCUUCAUGAUGGUGCGGGACAGGAAGCCGGACGUGUCGCCCAACUUCCACUUCAUGCAGCAGCUGCAGUCCUUCGAGAGCCAACUGCGCCUCAGUCCCGGCGACGGGAAGGCCAUGGAUGAGUCCGGGAUGAUGGGACAGAAUAUGGGCCAUGGAUCGGCCGGCUCCAACAAUCCGAUGGCCAAUGUGCUCGCCACCAAUCCCAGUGUGGUGGCCCAGCGUUGCGGCCGCGGCUCCAAGUUCUCGUGCAAUUGCAUCGCACCGGACUGCAAGUGCAUGCAGACGGGCGGGUUUAUUGCGGCCCACCUGGCCAAGGCCACCGGAGUGUCGCCCGACUCCGGCAUCGAGUUCGAUCGCUGGACACCGUCCUCGGACACGGGUCUCAAAUGAGACCAGGUGGGCGGGAAGAGUUUCGUGCUGCCGCCCAGUCAGGAGAUCGCAGCCGCCGUCGCCACAUCGCCGCCACCCAUUGCCCUGGCCGUGAAUCCGGACAACAUGUCCCCGGCCAGCACCACCAGCUCAUCCACCUCGACCACGACCACAGCGGAGGCGGUUUCUGUCGUAGAAGUUGUACGAGAUCGAGAUCGGGAUCGGGAUCAGGACAUGGUCGAAGACGAGCCAGAGGUGGAGGUGGAGGAGAACAAUGACGAGGAGUCGGUCUAGAUGGCAGAGCUAUUCCUAACUUGGUUGUCGCUGAAACGCCCGUUAAAAUAAUAUAUUAAAUACAUACAUAUGAGCCGCGUAUAUAAUAAGGGUAUGCCUUCGAACUCUGGAACUUUAAUUUCCGACAAAAUCUUAAAUUGUGCGACAGUUGAAGCGGUGUACCCAACGUCUAUAUAUAUAUAAUAUUAAUAAAAAUAAUUAAUAUAAUGUUUAGUACAUUUUUAAGGUCUAAUGCAAAUGAAGUUUAAUGUUAUCCACACACACAAAACACACAAAAAAAAACAGAAAACACCGACAACAAUAGAUUGAAAAUGGAUUGAAAAACGAGAAACUAAAAUAUAUGAAAUAUAUUUAUAUAUAAACAGUGUACAUGUUUGUAUUUAACUCCUAAGCCAAGUCAAGAGUAUAUACAUGAAAGUCAACCAGAAAAAAAAAAAACAAGAAACAAAUAUAAAAAAUAAACAAUUUAAACUUUAAAACGUUUUUUCUAGGCAUAAAGUUUUAUUUUUAAUUUUAAACUUUACUAAAAACUCGAAAAUCGUUUAUAAAUGUAAAAUUUGUUAUAUAAGGAGAUAUAUAUAAUAUAUAUAUAUAUAUACCUACCAUAUAAUUACUGAAUGCCAAGUCAUAUAAGUGUAAAAGUGAACUAAAAUCCCGAAUAUCGAAGAAUUUUUAAAAUUGAUGCGAAAGCAAAAAACACUAAAACGAAGAAAAUAAAAUACAAGAAUUUGCACAAAAAAAAAACAAAACAAAAAACACAAAAA